UCACUUGGAAAUCGGCCACAACCAACAUGAAUAAUUCGCUACAACUGACUGUAGGAAAUUCUGUGCAACUCAACGUUGUUAAGGAUACUCGAAUGCACAUAUAUAAAAGUGCGCUUUUUCCCGAGCCUGAAAAUAAAUUGGAUGUUGACACAAACCUAAUUACAAUGGAUGACGGAAUUCAAAUUUAUUUUUCGAACACUGAGUUUUUGAAGAAAGAUCAAGAGAAUCAAGACGCAUUUACUGCAGAUGCAAUGCCGUCGGCUCCGACACGGACUGAACUGCUUGCUGCAGAAAUUAUAGGAGGAUGCAUUGGAGUUUUCAUAGUUGCUACUAUUUUAAUUUACUGCGUCAUACAAAAGUAUAAAGCGAAAACGCGUAAUUUUAAACCAAACGAGAGUGUAUAGGGUUUCAAACAAAGUAUAUCUUCUUUUAGACUGAUUAUCGACAAAUAAAACCAAAGAAAUGCUUUGUUUAUGUAAUUAUCGAUGUUAGGUAGAAGCAGUAAUUUUUUUAUGGAAGUGCAUUUGAUUUCAAAGCGAUUGUUGUAGGGAAUUGUACAUAGUAACUUCAG